AGUAGCACGUGCACUGUCCUUUUCCAAUGCAGUUGCCGCCGAUGGCUGAGGCAAAUGCCAGCAAUUUGCACACAUUCGACCAACCAACAGUGCACAGGUGGAAGGUGAUUAGUGUUUGGUGACAUUGUUUUCCGGACAAAAUGGCACAAACUCGUGUGACUGACGUCAUAGUCGAGCCCAAGUUUUCGGUAUGUUUGAUGAAAAACAUCAAAUUAACAUUGUUCAAAGUUUACUAAAACCAAACGCGUAACAUCGCUCGUCGGCACUGGGAAUGACUUUGUUUGAGGCUCAUUAGGGGCCAUUAGACACCGGCAUACUGGCUAUACCCGCAUGUCACCGCAAAGAGCAACCAUUCAUGUUGCCAAAUUCACCACCGCCGUGCAGGGUGGUAUUGUUUCAAUAGUUACUAUUGAUUGUUUUAUCGAGCAAAGCCACACCAUAUGGCGCACGGGUGCUGUAAAGACAUGUCUCAGCGGUGCUUCUCGCGAAACCGGCCCGAUGUGGCGAUGACGGGCUGCUAGCGAGACUCAUGCACUCACCAAACGGACAUACUAGACAGGCAAAUACUUAGUGCGAUUACCGGAAAAAUGCGUUUUAAAAAGGUGUUACCAAAAAUAUGUACAAUAUUUCGCGAACAGUCAUCCAGUGGACGACCAUGUCUGCAUCCCUAACACAGACGACGAAAUCGAACACCGCACUGUUGCCAGAAUUUCCGUCAUUCAUUCGUUUACUAUCGCCAUCGUGUGAGUGUUACUCUAGCUACCUAUCGAGAUGUCUGAAGUUGCCACUGAAGCCGCUGCCGCAGCCCCGGCUGCCUCGCCAGCCAAGACCAAGAAGCCAAGGGCCCCCAAGGGACAGGGCAAGCCGAAGAAGCCGUCGACCCACCCCCCAGUCAACGACAUGGUUGUUGCUGCCAUCAAAACCUUGAAGGAACGCAACGGAUCGUCCCUGCAGGCCAUCAAGAAGUACAUCGCCGCCAACUACAAAUGCGAUGUCGCCAAGCUUGCCCCAUUCCUCAAGAAGGCCUUGAAGAAUGGCGUCGAGAAGGGCAAGUUCGUCCAAACCAAGGGCACCGGCGCUUCCGGUUCGUUCAAGCUGAAGGCUGAAGCUAAGAAGGCCGCCAGUGAGAAGAAACCGAAGAAGGCCGGCGAGAAGAAGGCCAAGAAGGCUACCGGAGAGAAGAAGAAGGCCACCAAGAAACCAGCUGGGGAGAAGAAGGCCAAGAAGCCAGCCGGCGAGAAGAAAGCCAAGAAGCCGGCUGCAGCCAAGAAAGCCAAAGCUGCUGGUGCCAAGGCUGCCAAAAAGGCCGGUGGUGUGAAGAAGGCUGCUGCUCCGAAGCAGAAGGCCACCAAACCUUCCAAGACCGCCGCCAAGAAGCCCAAGACCCCAAAACCGAAGAAGGCUGCCCCAGCCAAGAAAGCUGCCGCGAAGAAGACCGCUGCCAAGAAGUAAAUUUGGGACAGCAACCGUACUGUUGUAAAACAGUAUCUAACAUCCAAUCAGUCCUUUUCAGGACUACCAUCCAAGUUUAGAACAAAGAGUUGCACAGUCAAUGAUAUUCCAUUCCUCUCACAGAGGGAAAUAAAUCCCCCCGAAAAGU